AAUUGUGAUCAUUUUAUUUCUUACUUCUUUGACCAAAGCAAAGGAACUCCUCUGUUUUUUGAUCAAUGGAUCAUUUCUUUACAAUAAUAUAGAUAUAAUAAUUGUCAAAACCACUGAGUUUCGCACUGUUUAGGAUAUUAACUUAAUGUAGACAUGUCAUGUAAUAGGACAAGUUUCACAUGAUUUUAUUAAUAACUUAAUCACAAAGAAUAUCGAUGAAGUUUCUUUUAAAACUACACAGAUAAACGUAAAUCAUAAUACUUCAACAUGGAAAAGGACAGUCCGAUUCAAUUAGCUUCAGCAAACCAAUCAGUUAAAAUAGUACCCUCGAUUGAAGAGUCUCUGCAGUCUAUGGGUCUAAACAUUGCUUUAGAUGAACGCAGUAUACUUUGGUGGCAGCAGUUACAAACCACUUGGAAGACCUGGAAAAAGAGUGAAACUGUAGAACAACUCAUUGAAACAUACUUUCAAUCAAUACGAGAUCCCUUCAGAGUGACACUGAUAUUUAUAACGCAAUGCAUAACUCAAGACUGUAAACCCAAAACACUACCUUAUUUUGUUGUAGAAACAUUACAAAAGUGGUCAAAAAAUCAGGAGCUAUCACCUGAAGAAUCUAUAAAAUCACCAGCUUUCUACAUUGCAAUUCAGCAAAGAAAUCCAAGUUUUCUAAAUCUUAUUGCUCAUACGUAUCAACUCUCUACCAUAAAGCAAGUCAUUCUUCCAAAAAUUAAAGAAAUGAUAAAAAAUGACAAUUGCAAACUUGCUUCACAAAUUGUUAUGGCAUUGGAUUUAUAUGAAGAUAUUCCAGUUGAAGAUUUAUUAUUUCCAUUAAUAUUACAAGACAAGAAUAAUAUUAUUGACGAGUAUCUAACAACAUGUCCAAGCCAAGUUAAACCUUUGUUAUUUUUCCUGGAUAAUUUACUAAACAAGUCAUUCAAAUUGCGUGAUUAUAUUCAAAGUUAUUUAGAAAAUAACCAAAUAAGUCAAAUUAGAUAUGAAAAAUUACAUCAUAAACCACUUGGUAAGUUGGUUGCGAGACUUUGUAGUAAAUUUAACAUACCCAUAGAGACAUGUAAGAACCUAAGCAAAAAUAGAACAGCUGGGGGACUUCGAUACUUAAUUCAUCAAAAAUACACAGAAAAUAACAUAAGUUCUACAGUGUGGGAUGACUUGGUCAAAGAUUCACUAAGGCAAAAUGUAGAAGCAGCUAAUGAAUUCAUUGAAAUGUUGUCAAAAUAUGAUAAGAAUGAAGCCUUGAAAUGGAUUGACUACUUAAAUAUUGGAAACGAAGAAUUACCCACUUCUUUAAAGGCUAUUUCUCUAGAAUAUAACAAUGACGAGUCACAUGAUAUUGAAAAUUGGGAUACAGAGUCGAGUAAAAUAAUCCCUAGUCAAGAGUACUAUAAAUUUACUCUCACUAGAGACUGUAUUAUUAUAAUUGAUAAUGGUGAAAAGUUUUAUGAUAUGUUGAACAGCAUAAAGAUGUACAAUGUUGUUAGUAUAGAUUGUGAAUGGAAACCAUCAUUUGGAGCGGUACAAUCACAAGUGGCCUUAAUCCAAAUUGCUACUUUCCAUAAUGUUUACUUGAUAGAUACAUUAAUUUUAAACAAACAAGAAUAUUCCAGUUUUUGGUACACUUUCAAUAAAUCAUUUAUGGAAAACGGCGAGGUUAUCAAACUAGGACUUGGGCUUGAACAGGAUUUAAAAGAAAUGAAAGCAUCUAUAAAUGGUUUGGGAAAAAUAAAUGUCAAAGGUGAAGGAUUAUUAGAUUUGUCAUUGUUAUGGAAAAAUAUUAUCAAUAAUGGUCUUGUUAUACCAGGAUGCUGUGACAGUAUAGGAAAUGGCCUAAGUUCUAUUGUGCAAUCAUGUUUUGGAUUGCCCUUGGAGAAAUCAGAGCAAUGUUCAAAUUGGGAAUUACGACCCUUAAGGGAGACCCAAAUAAUAUAUGCUGCUCUAGAUGCACAUGUUCUACUACAAGUUUAUGAUUUUUUACAAAAAAUGUGUGUUCAACAAAAUAUUAAUUUUGAAGAUAUUGUAAAUGAAACAAUGCACGAAACAAAAAAAAAGCUUCCUAAGAAAACAAAGGUGAUUGAUAGGCUACAAUUUAAUUUGUGUUCUAUUGAACCCAAAUUUGUUAAUGAUGUUAAAUUUCUUGUUGAGCCGACCUUAUCACACUUAAUGGCAUACUUGAGAUAUUGUGGAUUGGAUACCAUUGUAGUGCCUGGAAGCUUGCAGUGGCAUGAUGUUGUAAACUGGGCGAUAUCAGAUGAUCGUCUAGUUCUAGUAGAUAAACUUAAAUGUUCACCAACACAAGAUUUUCCUCAGAACUCUAUAUUAAAUGUUGGAAAUGACACAAUUGUAAAACAAUUACAAAAAAUAUUUGAAAAUUUCAAUAUUAAAAUUAGACAAACUGAUCUUUUGAGAUUAUGUGUGAAAUGCAAUAGUAAUGACAUCAAGAAACUAAGUUUGAAUGAGAUAAAAAAAAUAUGUGAUGAGUACAUUAAUUUAAUUCCUAAAAGUACACUCGUUAACACAUACUUGGCAGAUUUUGAUGAUGAAGAUGCAAGUUAUGAGAAUUUUCUUAGUGAUUCAGAUGGUGAUGGUGACAUUUUGCAGCCAGUUCAAAAUAGUUAUUGCCCAAAACCAAAAAGCUGUUUAACUAGUAAAGGGGCUGCAAUCGAAAUUUCCAAUCCACAAGGCUUAGUCCAAAAAAAUAAACCAGCAGUUCUGUGUGAAUACUGUGGUCAAAUGUAUUGGGAUGAAGAUGACUUGUUUAAAUCAAUCAGUGAUAUAAUUUGUCAAAUCACAAAUUUUACAGUCUGGUAGUUAAGGUACUGCAUUGUUGCAAUAUUUUACCUCUGAAUUUACAAUAAACAAAAGAAAAUAAGACUAUGACGCCAACAUCAAACAGUACUGGUAGAAAUAGCAUUAGAGUACUAAUUAUACUGCAUUCCGCAAAGCUGAGAAAACAGACUGUUGUUUUUAUAAACUUAAGAGAUCAUUUAUAAUUGAACUAAAUGUUAUGGAUGUUCAGCAAUAAUUAGUAUUAAAUAAAAAAUUGUUUAAAUUAAGUAAUAUGAAAAAACUUAGCAUAUUUUUGUACUUAAAACCUGAAUAUAUUAUUUAAUUACUUACUUGGUUUACAAUAAACUAUUAUAUAUCAUUGUUAAACUGAAAAUAUAAAUUGUAAGUCCUAAGUUGUUAUAAGAAAGACAUAAGGGGUUAAUAUCAUUUAAAAAACACGUGUGGCACCCGGGACUGCCGCGGUAAAGCUAUUGCAUAGUAUUUUUUAUCAACU